GAAAAGACUCCGAACAAGAGGACCACGAGAAUUCUGAUGAACUUUAAGAAGUUUGUUCUGAGAUCCUUAAUAAAAAAUAAAAUGAAUGUAGGAGAAAGAAAAGACUCAAAUAAAACAAAAAAGAAGCAGCUGCAGCUGCCCCGCAGUCAGACCGCAGCUUCCUCCAGCAGGGAUCUCCAGCAGAGUCCAAACGAGGCUGUACAAGUGUCAAGGUUGGCUGACUCACGGUGUGUUUCCUUCAGACGGUGAAAGGUGGGCUCAGGACGCACAGAUCCAGCUCCUCCAGGCCGGGACGCACAGACCGAACCCCGGGACGCACCGACCCAGCUCCUCCGGGACAGGACGCACCGCUACAGCCUCUUCCAGGACGCACAGCUCCAACUUCCUUCCCAGGCCGGGACGCACAGUGCCAGCCUCAGGACGCACAGCUCCGGUCUUUUCCAGGACAGGACGCACAACACGCCUCCGCGACGCUCAGCGCGCGCACCGGUGAGCACGGCUGACGUCAGCUGGACGUGCGCUGAGGUGUUGCUCGUGAGAGCCAGCGUCAGGUGAAUGAGGAGCUUAGUGCGUCCUGCGCAUUACGCACGGCGGGGCUCUGUAGGAACACCGGGUCUCUGCUGAGUCGUGUUCGUCAGUUAGCUGGACCUGGAGGCGCGCGGAGGACACCUGCUGCUUCAGUGGCCGCCGAGAAAAGGCUGCACGCGCUGCCUUCUGGGCCAUGAAUAAUAGACAGGCUGGUAAUCCAAAACUUUUAGGGGGAUUUUUGAAGGAGACAUCCAAUCCCCCGCUGAAACACAGGCCGCCUCCGGGUGUGUGAAUCCAGCGAGGACAUCUGAUGCUGCUGCAUGGAGCUCAUCACUGAUGCUGACUGCAUGUAAACACACAGGUGACAAUCUGAGACAAAACAUCAAGGCCUUGGUCAUAUCUGCAGGUAUACUUAUGCAUGUAUUAUACAAGUUACAAUUAUUUAUUUAUAUGUUCAUAAACGUUAUUGAUUAUAAUUCUGUAAAAGUGGAAAGAAAUGACAGCGUUAUACUUGGUGCUACAUAAAUAAAGCAGAAUUGAAGUGACUAUUAUUUCUAAACAUUUAACAUAAACAUUCACAAUAUAUGACAGGGUGUCAAACAUGUGGUCCGUGGGCCACAGCCGCACAUAGGGUUUCAGCCCCAGCCGGUCCUGUAGGGGCCAGGCCAGGUCCACCUGCAGGGGGCGACACAAACAAAAUCACCCUCUUUAUGAUUACAUUAAAAUCAGUUAUUACUGUCAACUAUUAGUCACUAAUAACUAAUAUAAAUGCUUACAUCGAUUUAAAUGCCAAGAAUUCUCCAGGUAACAUUACUACACAAGAUAAUACCAAAUAAGUAUAUAUGUAGAAUAAGUAUAUAUAACUUUGUUGUUAUUGAAUUAUGUAAAUGUGAGCAAACUGUGCUGAUUUAACAUGUUUGGUGAUGAUUGUUGUAUCUACAAUUCAUGAAUGUUAUUUAUUCUUCAUGAACUGGCCGUUUGUCCCGCUUUCUCUUGUAUUUGCUUCUAAUUUGUUAAGCAUGUAAAUUUGGUGCCAUGUUGUCUGCAGGCUAGAGAGCAGGCUGUGUCAGUGUAUGGACAUGUCCCAUGGAGGCUCAACCUCUGGCUCCACGGCCCGGGCCCCGCUCUGCUCUCAGGACCGGCCCUGGACUCCGGCGGGUCCUGACAGGUCGAGGAAAAGUGUUUUAUUGGGAACAUUCCGGAUGUGCAGGUGUUUUUAGCUCCCGCUCUAACUCCAUUCAACUGAAGAGAGCUGGACACGUGAGGAGCGUCUCCUGGAUGGUUAUGUGGACAGUGGCGCCCUCAUGUGGCUGGAAUACAGUAUUACAUGUGAAGGGGAGCAGAGCAGAUCCUGAGGGUCGUGGAGUAAAACACUUCCCUGGAUGCUGCAGAACGAGAACACAAGAAAAAUAAAAAGAAAUAUGCCAAAAUAAUGUGACAAAGUUCAUUUCUAAACUCUUAACUUCAGAUAUUCUAGUAAAAACUGAACAACCUGGACGACUCCGAGGCUCGGUGAGCGUUUAGGAAGGUCUAGGAAAUGUUUGUACUUUUAAUGAUGAGUAAAUAAAUCAUUUCUUCUUUCGUGGACCGGUUCCAGGCUCCAGUUGUCCUGGUGUCCAGCGGGGACAGCAGGACAGCAUUCUGAUGUUCCCACAGUGGAUCUUCAUGCUCUGAUCUGUGGACGUCAAUCGUCCAGAUGUCGGAGACGGUCUGAGGACGUCUGACGUUUUCAGACCGAACAGCCCAGAUGAAGGCAGACUCCUGCUGCUCGGUGGUGAUGAGACAUGUGGACAUGUGGACAUGUGGACAUGUGGACAUGUGGACUCGUGUCCAUGUGGACUCGUGUCCAUGGCUCCAGCUCUGCUGUGAUGAUCAGAUCCUGUCUUGAAGCUGCUGCAGUCUUUCUGUUCGUCCCCCGUUCCCCCCCCCCCCGGAUGUCCUUCCCAGCUAAUGAUGUGUGAGGCCCCGUCCGGACUUUAUCUGAGGACUGUUUAUAAGAGAGGCGUCCUGCGGGGGACGUGCUCUGUCCUGCCAGAGUUCCGCCGCCGCCGAGCUUCCCUCGCCGCUCCGCCGCCGAGCUUCUGUCUGGACAGACUGCAGCUGAAGGAUGAGAGGACAGAGAGUGAUCGUCCCCGUCGUCCUCAUGUCCGCCCUGGUGAGUCUCCUGCCGGGACAGACGGCGUCGGGACAGCAGCUCACCGAGGAGACGUGCACGGUUCAGAUCCUGGUCCCCGGGCUCAAAGGAGAACCCGGAGAGAAGGGAGAGAAGGGAGCGCCGGGCAGGCCGGGACGAGUGGGACCCGCAGGACAGACCGGACCGGCUGGACCCAAAGGACAGAAAGGCAUCAUGGGACGGCACGGGAAGGUCGGCCCCGCCGGGAUCAAAGGGGUCAAAGGAGACGUGGGUGACCCGGGACCACAGGGCCCCAACGGAGAGCCAGGAGUCCCCUGUGAGUGCACCCCGAUGAGGAAGCUGAUUGGAGAGAUGGACAACGUGGUGUCUCAGCUGUCCUCCGAACUGAAAUUCAUCAAGAACGCUGUUGCUGGCAUAACAGAGACAGACAGUAGAAUCUAUCUGUUGGUGAAGGAAGAGAAGCGCUACUCCGACGCCCAGGCCCACUGCCAGGCCAGGGGGGGGCACCUGGCCAUGCCCAAGGACGAGGGGGCCAACGCCGCCGUGGCGGCCUACAUCAGCCGGGCCGGCCUCAGCAGGGUCUACAUCGGCAUCCACGACCUGGACCGCGAGGGCGUCUUCACGUACGUGGACCGCUCCCCCAUGAGCACCUUCAGCAAGUGGAGGCGGGGGGAGCCCAACAACGCCUACGACGAGGAGGACUGCGCCGAGAUGCUGUCCUCCGGGGAGUGGACGGACGUGGCGUGCCACCCCACCAUGUUCUUCGUCUGUGAAUUCGACAAGGACAGCGUCUGACGGGGGGGGGAGGGGGGGGCAGGAAGACGUCUUAUUCACACGGUUCAGAUGACGACAGGACCUCCAGACUCUGGACUUGUUCUACCUGCCUGAGCAGGAGCUGUUAUGCUAUGCUAGCUGAUGCUAACUGUCCUCUGAGCUCUAUCUGUAGCUAGCAGCCAAGACAGAAAGUUCUGCGGACUGGAAAGAAAAAUAAACCCCAAGCGACCGAUUCUGCUUCCUGCUGGAUGCUUUUAUUCACAGAUGAGCACAGCGUGACAGCUGUUAGAUCCACAUC